CGACUUAUCCGCUUCCUAGCCAAGGAUGGCAAUGUCUACUAUGGCGACGCACUCCUCCCCGCCGGCACGACCGAUAUCGCAGCAGCCACCCGCGCCAAGGUCAUCCAGGGCGACAUCUUCGGCCAGCACCGCGUAACCGAUCAGAUCGCCGAUGUGAAGCUGCUGCUUGCACCGCUAGCCCGCAAAGAUAUCGGCACGGUGCGCUGUCUGGGCCUAAACUAUGAGCAGCACGCCCGCGAGUCCAACCUGCCAAUCCCCAAGUACCCCGUUCUGUUCUUCAAGCCCGUCACUGCGAUCGCGGGCCCCGUCGAUGAUAUCCCCGUCGCAGACAUCGCCCAGCAAGGCGAGGGACUGGACUACGAGUGUGAGCUCGUCGCGGUCAUUGGGAAGGAGGCCCGCAAUGUGCCCGAGAGCCAGGCGCUCGAAUAUGUCCUCGGCUAUGCGGUCGGUAAUGACGUCUCCCACCGUGACUGGCAGAUCAAGCGCGGUGGUGGCCAGUGGGGACUGGGGAAGGGGUUUGAUGGCUGGGCGCCGUUUGGGCCUGGUAUCGUCUCGUCCAGUCUCAUCGCUGACCCCAAUGCUCUGCACAUCUCGACCAAGUUGAAUGGCCAAACCGUGCAGUCGUCUUCGACCAAGGAUAUGAUCUUUGGCGUGGCGAAGACUAUUGCCUUCCUGUCGCAGGGCACGACGCUGUUGCCCGGCGAUCUGAUCUUCACCGGAACGCCCCAAGGUGUCGGCAUGGGCCGCAAGCCCCAGCUGUGGCUGAAGGAUGGCGAUUCGGUGGAAGUGUCGCUCGAGGGCGUGGGAUCGUGUGUCAACCGGGUGGUGUACGAUAAGCCUGCUCCCCGACUGUAA